AGUUGUCCCCAUCUGAUAUACAAAAACAAAUUUCCCCCAUUUUGAGAAAUCGACAGACUUCAAAUGAUAUACGUGAAUCAUAAUAAGUCAUAGUGAUCAAAUCAGUAGAAUUUUAGCCAAAAAAAUGCAGAGAUUACUAAUACAUCUGUGCAAGUAUCUUACGUGACUAUUUCACGCUUCAUUAAUCAAUCGGCAAAUUUGGUACAAUUUCUGGUUUCAUGCAGCGAAAUUUUUGUUUGAUUUAAAAUUGAAACUAAAGUAACAUCAUUGACUAUAACAGUCAUCCUGGUUCCAAAGAGGAAGCCUGUUAUGUCUGGGGACCACAGAACUGUUAUCAAAGGAGCUCCUAGUCAAUAUGUAAAAUUGAAUGUUGGUGGAUCUCUCCAUUACACAACUAUCGGCACAUUAACUAAACAUGAUAGCAUGCUACGGGCCAUGUUUAGUGGCCGUAUGGAAGUUUUGACUGAUUCUGAAGGUUGGAUAUUGAUUGAUCGCUGUGGUCGUCAUUUUGGUACUAUUCUCAACUUCUUGCGUGAUGGUUCAGUUCCUUUACCUGAUUCAACUCGUGAAAUAUCUGAAUUAUUAGCUGAAGCCAAAUAUUAUUUAAUUCAGGAACUUUCUGAGUGUUGUGAAUCUGCUUUAAGAAAGAGAGAAAUGGAUUUGGAACCAAUUUGCAGAGUUCCUUUGAUUACAUCUUCGAAAGAAGAACAAAUGUUAAUCAAUUCUUCUACUAAGCCUGUUGUGAAGUUACUUAUUAAUCGACACAACAAUAAAUACUCCUAUACAAACACUUCUGAUGACAAUUUAUUGAAAAAUGUAGAGUUAUUUGAUAAACUUUCUCUUCGGUUCAGUGGACGUGUAUUGUUCAUUAAAGAUGUGAUUGGUAGCAAUGAGAUUUGUUGCUGGUCAUUUUAUGGCCAUGGGCGGAAAGUUGCUGAAGUCUGUUGUACAUCCAUUGUGUAUGCAACUGAUAAAAAGCAUACGAAGGUUGAAUUUCCAGAAGCUCGAAUUUAUGAAGAAACUCUUAAUAUUCUCUUGUAUGAAAAUCGAAAUGGACCUGAUAUGGAUCUGAUGCAAGCAACAAGCACUAGGGGUGCAGUUGCUAUGGGAACAACAUAUACUAGUGAUGAUGAAGAUGAUAGACGUACACCUGGAUCUUCUUCCAGAGAGAGCAGGGACAGUUGCCAUUUAAAUCGAAUACGAAAUACUAAGCAGACAAGUUGACGCACAUGAGCAGUUUUAUUUUGUCUAUUUUCUUUAUUUUCCAUAGUCAUAUAAGUUCUGUGAAAUAUCAGAUUUGUUCCUUAUUAUGAAUUUAUAUUAUUAAGGCUUUGCUUCUAAAAUAUUAAAACUUUUUUGUUUGUAUAGUGUUCAUUUAAUUGUUUGCAUGUUUUAUGCAUUCGUUUAAUGGUGGUUUUCAAUUCACUGUGAUGGUAAAAAUAAUAAUUUUUUAUUUUAUCUGGGCCUACUAAUGUUCCUCUAAGAAUGUUGCCAAUAAUUUGUUAUUGAGAAAAAAAAAUUAUAAAUAUUUCACCAGUUAGUAUUAUAUGUAAUAUGGUUUAUUGGAUUUAUUUUGUGCCAUGAAAAAGAAAUGUCAGAUCUGAAUUUAUUAUUAUUGAUACAUUUUAUUUAUUUUGUUUCCAUUUUAUGUUAUACUAUCAGGGAAAACGGCUUGGUAUCCACAUAAUUACAAUGUUUAUUUAUUAUUAGUUGUAUGUACAAUCUAAAAUGUAAAUUGUACUUUGCUAUAGGUUUUUUAAUAAAAUUACAGAAAUAUAUGGAUAUAGGAAGGAUAAGCCGGGAAGAAAAUUUAAAAGAAAGAAAAACAUUUAUAUGCCAAAUUUCCUGUUCUACUAUAUUUGUCUCGAUUUUUUUAAAAAAAAAUUAGAUAUGUGUUUGAAUGUUAUUACUACUGUGUUGAAAGAAACUGAAUAAUUAUAAACAAUGUGCUUCAAACUUGUGUCAAAAAUAUUCUUCUUGACUUCUCAGAAAUACCUAUCAUAAUUCAUUCUAAUACGGAGAUCAUCAGUAUUGUGACUAUUAACUAUUAUAGUUUUCAUCUGUGGUUUCCUGAACACUUUUCUGCAGAUCUCUCUUUUUCCAAAUAUAAAGAGAGACAAAUUUACAAAUACUUGUAAUCUAUGGACAUGCAAGAAUUCUGAAGAAUCAGCAAGUGACUUCUCUUAAAAGCUUUGUUCUUAUUGCUGAACUAACAAUAAAGAGUUUUACUGUUUACUCAUAUGAAUAUUCAGAAAUUUCAAAUUUACGAAUGCUCUGUUUCUGUACAAACUGCAAGUGGUAAAAAUAGAUAUUGAUAGACUUGUAUUGGAGGCAGUUUAAUGGACUACUAUUGAACAUAUUUGGAUUUUGCCGUUUCUGUGUUAAACUAUGAAUAAAUUGUGAUGUUGCUGUGACCAUGAUAUAUUGAGCAUCUUUGCUUACAAACUGUUAGCAAAAGUAUAAACAUAAAGGAAAUGUUUAUAGUAGAAUAAUAAUAAAAUUGUAGUAUACAGUUAGAAUGUAAAUCAUGCAAAAAAUGUUAUAAAUGUAAUAGAAAUAUUUAGCUGUGAUUGCAAUUUUUAAAGAAAUGGAUGCUCUGUUUUUGAAAUAAAAUUAUUUUGUUCAAAAUUUAUAAUUGCAAGAUUUCUGCAAUUAUUAAAAAAUUAGCUUAUUCAUUAUUUUAUCAUAUAUUUAGAUCACCUAUAAUUCAUUCAUCAAUGCCUAUGAAGAAAAAAAAACUGUUUCAUUUCAUAAAUAUUUUAUUAUUUCAGAUGAAUUUUCAAAAUUUUGAAUAUGCUUGCAUGAUAAUAUAUGUCGGCAUAAUAAUGAAACAUUCUGAAUCAUGUAUCUUCCACAUUUUUUAAAAAUUUUACUGCAAUUGAUUGUUAUGAAAUACCAAUGUAAUUGUAACCCAGUUAUAUAUAUUCUAGAGAAGUUGAAUAGUUUUCAGAUAAAAUUUUGUGAAAUAAUUUAAUGUUAUUUUUUUUGUGCUUUAUUCUGUAAAGUUUAAUAUUAAAAUCGAAAGACCAUACAUCCUUUCUGUAGACUGCCAUUUUAUUGUGUUCGAUUUCCUUGUGGUUUUUUUCAAUUACUAAUAUUAAUACGUGAAAAUAUGCUAAAGUUAUAUAUUUUCUUUUUGCAUACAGAGUAUUUUUCAUUGUGAAAUAAUCAUAUCAGUUCAGCAAAUCAAGUGGUCUUGAUUCUUAUGAUUAAUUUCUGUAUUCUUUGUUUCAUAAAUAAAUAUACAUAUAAAAAUUACAAGGAAUAAUUUGAAAUUGACUUAAAAUAUUCUCA